UUACACAUGGGAAGCUGUUGAUACCAAAAAUCACAUGCUUUACAAAAUCAGCGUCUGUGGAAACGUGGGUAUUCCCCAGUGUGGGGCAUCGAGUGCUGUCUGUGUGCACAACCUGAAGACAGGCAGCUAUCGUUCCGUGGGUGACUCUCUUUUGAAAAGUGCAACCAGAACUCUUCUGGAAUUCAGCACAGCAGUGGGCUGUGGCUUGGAGAAAAGCCAGAAUCACAAAACCCAGAGUAGCAUCACCUUCCUCUGUGGGAAAACCUUGGGAACUCCUGAAUUUGUAGCCGCAACAGACUGCGUGCACUACUUUGAGUGGAGGACCACUGCAGCGUGCAAGAAAGACACAUUUAAAGCUAAGAAAGAGGUGCCGUGCUAUGCAUUUGAUGGAGAGUUCAAGAAGCACGACUUAAAUCCACUGAUCAAGAUCAGCGGGGCUUACUUGGUGGAUGACUCCGACCUAGACACAUCUCUGUUCAUCAACGUUUGUAGAGACAUAGAUUCCCUACGGGACUUGAGUCCGCAGCUGCACGCCUGUCCCCUGGGCACUGCCGCCUGCCUGGUGAGAGGGGCCCAGGCCUUCGACGUUGGCCAGCCCAAGGAGGGACUGAAGUUAGUGAGCAAGGACAGGCUGGUCCUGACUUACGUGAAAGAAGAGGCAGGGAAGCCAGACUUCUGUGAUGGCCACAGCCCGGCCGUGACCAUUACCUUUGUCUGCCCGUCCGAGCGCCGGGAGGGCACCAUUCCCAAGCUCACGGCUAAAUCCAACUGCCGCUACGAGGUCGAGUGGGUUACUGAGUAUGCCUGCCACAGGGACUACCUGGAGAGCAGCAACUGCUCUCUGAGCAGCGAACAGCACGACAUCGCCAUCAACCUCCAGCCACUCCGGCAGGGCCCAGGUCAUUACUACACUGCAGAUGGAAAGGAAUAUAUUUUUUAUUUGAAUAUCUGUGGAGAAAUUGAAUCAACCCCAAAUGUCUGUAAUGGGAAACAGGCUGCGGUUUGCCAAAGGAAAAAGACUGAUUUCACUCAAGUCAAAGUGGCAGGAAAAUUCCAGAGCCAGACUCUUCGGUACUCAGAUGGAGACCUCACCUUGAUCUAUUCUGGAGGCGAUGAGUGCAGCUCCGGCUUUCAGCGGAUGAGUGUCAUAAACUUCGAGUGCAAUGAGACUGCGGGUAACGGUGGGAGGGGAGCCCCCGUGUUCACCGAGGAGGUGGACUGCACCUACUUCUUCACCUGGGACACGAAGCACGCGUGCGUGAAGGAGAAGGAGGACCUCCUGUGCGGCCUCACCGACGGGAAGAGGCGAUACGACCUGUCCGCUCUGGCCCGGCACGCAGAACCAGAGAAGAACUGGGAAGCCGUGGGUGGCAGCCAGAAGGAAACAGAAAAGAAGCAUUUCUUCAUUAACAUUUGUCACAGGCUGCUGCAGGAGGGCAAGGCGAGAGGCUGCCCCGAGGAGGCGGCCGUGUGCUCCGUGGAUAAGAGUGGAAGGAAGAACCUGGGCAAAUUUGUUUCUCCUCCCACAAAGGAGAAUGGGAACAUCCUGCUCUCCUAUUCGGAUGGCGAAGCUUGUGGCGACAAGAAGAAAAUAAGCACCAACGUGAUACUCGUAUGCAAGCCAGGUGAUCUGGAAAGUGCUCCUGUGUUGAGAAGCAUCCGGGAGGACGGCUGCUUCUAUGAGUUUGAGUGGCACACGGCUGCGGCCUGCGUGCUGUCCAGGACCCAGGGCGACAACUGCACUGUCUUCGACUCCCAGGCAGGGUUUUCUUUUGACUUGACACCUCUCAAGAAGAAAGAUGGCUACAAGGUUGAGACAGAGAAGUACGACUUUUACAUAAACGUCUGCGCCCCAGUGUCUGUGGGCCCCUGCCAGCCAGGCUCGGGAGCCUGCCAGGUGACAAAGAGUGAGAAGAGGGCUUGGAACUUGGGACAGAGCAACGCUAAACUGUCCUAUUACGACGGGGUGAUCCAGCUGACCUACAGAAACGGGACGCCCUACAAUAAUGACAAGCGCACACCAAGAGCCACGCUGAUCACCUUCCUCUGUGACCGGGACGCCGGAGUGGGUGUCCCCGAGUAUCAGGAGGAAGAUAACUCUACCUACAACUUCCGGUGGUACACCAGCUACGCCUGCCCCGAGGAGCCGCUGGAGUGCAUGGUGACCGACAUCGACUCAAUGGAGCAGUACGAUCUCUCCAGGCUUGCGAAGUCUGAAGAUGGUCCUGAAGGAAACUGGUAUGCCCUGGACAGCGCAGGACAGCACAGCAUGUGGAGGAAAUACUACAUCAACGUGUGUCGGCCCCUGAACCCCGUCCCAGGCUGCGACCGGUACGCAGCUGCCUGCCAGAUGAAGUAUGAAAACAAUCAGGGCGUGUUUUCCGAAGUAGUCUCCAUCAGUAACCUGGGAAUUGCCGAGACAGGCCCCUUGGUGGAGGACAGUGGCAGCCUCCUGCUAGAGUACACGAACGGCUCUGCCUGCACCACCAGCGACGGGGUGCAGACCACCUACACCACCAGGAUCCACCUCGUCUGCUCCCGCGGCAGCCUGAACACCCACCCGAUAUUUUCUCUCGUGUGGGAGUGUGUGGUCACUUUCCUGUGGAAUACGGAGGCUGCCUGUCCAAUCCAGAUAACGACAGACACGGACGAGGCCUGCUCUAUCAGGGACCCUAACAGCGGGUACGUGUUCGACCUGAACCCGCUGAACACCUCCCAAGGCUAUAUGGUCACCGGCAUCGGGAAGACAUUUGCGUUUAACGUGUGCGGCACAAUGUCGAUCUGCGGGAACCUGAACGGAAAGCCAGCGUCCGGCUGCGAGGUGGUGACCCACACGGCAGAUAUCAAGAAUCUGAAGCCAGAGCGGCUGGUUGGAUUCGAGAAGCGCCUCGAGCUAUCCACAGAGGGCUUUUUAACUCUGACCUACGAGGGGCCCUACUCCGAAACCAAAGAGACCGGCAAUACUUUCGUCAUCCGCUUUGUCUGCAAUGACGACGUUUACCCGGGGAUCGCCAAAUUCCUGCAUCAGGACGUGGACUCUUUCCGGGGGAUCCGAAACACUUUCUUUGAGCUUGAGACGGCAUUGGCCUGUGUGCCUUCUCCGGUGGAUUGCCAGGUCACGGACCUCGCCGGAAACGAGUAUGACCUGAGUGGCUUAAGCAAGGUUAGAAAGCCUUGGAUUGCUGUGGACACUUCGGUUGAUGGAAAAAAGAGAACUUUCUACCUGAGCGUGUGCACCCCCCUGCCUUACAUUCCCGGGUGCCGUGGCAACGCAGUGGGGUCUUGCCUGGUGUCCGAAGAAAAGAGCUGGAACCUGGGCGUGGUGCAGAUUAGUCCUCAAGCCGCUGCUAACGGGUCCCUGAGCCUUGUCUACGUCAACGGCGACAAGUGUGGGAGCCAGCGCUUCUCCACCAGGAUCACACUCGAGUGCUCGCAUACGUCGGGCUCGCCAAUGUUCCAGCUGCUGGACGAAUGUGAGUACGUGUUUGUCUGGAGGACAGUGGAGGCCUGCCCGGUGGUCAGAGCGGAAGGAGACAACUGUGAGGUGAGAGACCCGAGGCACGGCCACCUGUACGACCUGAAGCCGCUGGCCGUGAACGACACGGUUGUGAAAGCCGGGGAGUACACCUACUACCUCCGGGUCUGCGGGAAGCUGUCCUCCAGUGUCUGCUCCACCGACAAGUCCAAGGAGAUCUCGUCCUGUCAGGAGAAGCGGGGGCCGCUGGGAUUCCACAAAGUAGCAGGUCUCCUCACUAAGAAGCUGACUUACGAGAACGGGCUGUUGAAAAUGAACUACACUGGGGGGGACACCUGCCAUAAGGUGUAUCAACGCUCGACAACCAUCUUUUUCUACUGUGACCGCAGCACCCAGAAGCCGGUGUUUCUGAGGGAGACUUCAGAUUGCUCCUACCUGUUCGAGUGGCGGACACAGUACGCCUGCCGCCCUUUCGACGUGACCGAAUGUUCAUUCAAAGACGAGGCUGGCAACAACUUCGAUCUCUCGUCCCUGUCGCGGUACAGUGACAACUGGGAAGCCGUCACGAGCACCGGGUCCACUGAGCACUACCUCAUCAACGUCUGCAAGUCCCUGGCCCCGCAGCCCGGCACGGAGCCGUGCCCUCCGGAAGCGGCCGCGUGCCUGCUGAACGGCUCCAAGCCUGUGAACCUGGGCCGGGUGAGAGAUGGCCCUCAGGGGAGAGAUGGCGUGAUCAUCCUGAAGUACAUCAAUGGCGACGUGUGUCCAGACCUGAUUCGGAAGAGGUCGACCACCAUCCGAUUCACCUGCAGCGAGAACCAAGUCAACUCCAGGCCCAUGCUCAUCAGUGCCGUGGAGGACUGCGAGUACACCUUCGCCUGGCCCACCCCCGCCGCCUGUCCUGUGAAGGUCAACGUGCACGGCGACUGCAGAGUCACCAACCCUGCCACAGGACACCUGUUCGAUCUGAACUCUCUAAGUGGCAAAGUCGGACACACGGCCGCUUACAGUGAGAAGGGGCUCGUCUUCCUCAGCAUCUGCGGGGAGAAUGAGAACUGUGCCCCCGGCGUGGCGGCCUGCUUCGGGCAGACCAGGAUCAGUGUGGGCAAGGCAAGCACCCGGCUCACCUAUGUGGACCAGGUCCUGCAGCUGAUGUACGAGGAAGGCUCCCUCUGUCCUUCCAAAUCCGGCCUGAGGUACAAGAGCGUCAUCAGCUUCGUGUGUAGGCCUGAGGCCGGGCCCACCAACAAGCCCAUGCUCAUCUCGCUCGACAAGCAGACGUGCACGCUCUUCUUUUCCUGGCACACCCCCCUGGCCUGCGAGCAGGCGACGGAAUGUUCCGUGAAGAACGGCAGCUCCAUUAUCGACUUGUCCCCCCUCAUCCACCGCACUGGAGGUUACGAGGCAUAUGACGAGAGUGAGGAUGACUCCUCCGACACCAACCCUGACUUCUACAUCAACAUCUGCCAGCCGCUGAACCCCAUGCAUGGGGUGGCUUGCCCUGCCGGAGCUGCUGUGUGCAAGGUGCCUGUGGACGGAGCCCCCAUAGAUAUUGGCCGAGUCACAGGACCUCCCAUACUCAAUUCCGUGGCGAAUGAAGUUUACUUGAACUUUGAAAGCAGCACUCCCUGCUUAGCGGACAAGCAUUUCAACUACACCUCCCUGAUCGCCUUCCACUGUAAGCGAGGUGUGAGCAUGGGGACCCCCGAGCUGCUGAGGACCAGUGACUGUGACUUUGUGUUCGAAUGGGAGACCCCGCUCGUGUGUCCCGACGAGGUGAAGACGGAUGGCUGCUCCCUGAUGGAUGAGCAGCUCUACUACAGCUUCAACCUGUCCAGCCUGUCCAAGAGCACCUUCAAGGUGACUCGAGACUCGCGCACCUACAGCGUGGGGGUGUGCACAGCGGCAGCGGGCCUGGACGAAGGCGGCUGCAAGGACGGAGGCGUCUGCCUGCUCUCCGGGAGCAAGGGGGUGUCAUUCGGACGGCUGGCGUCGAUGAGGCUGGACUACAGGCACCAGGACGAAGCGGUCAUUCUAAGUUACGCCAACGGAGACAAUUGCCCUCCAGAAACGGAGGAUGGUGACCCCUGUGUAUUCCCCUUCAUACUCAACGGGAAGAGCUACGACGAAUGUGUCCUGGAGAACAGGGUGAGGCUCUGGUGUGCGACAACCGCCAACUACGACCGAGACCACGAGUGGGGGUUUUGCAGACAGUCAAACAGCCACCGGACGUCUGCCAUCAUCUUCACGUGCGAUGAGGAGGCUGAUAUCGGGAGGCCACAGGUCUUCAGCGAGACGCGUGGGUGUGAGGUGACAUUCGAGUGGAAGACAAAAGUGGUCUGCCCCCCAGAGAAGAUGGAGUGCAGGUUCAUCCAGGGCCACAAGACCUACGACCUACGGCUGCUGUCCUCCCUUACCGGCUCCUGGUUCUUUGUGCACGACGGGGCCUCGUACUACAUAAAUUUGUGUCAGAAAAUAUACAAAGGGCCCCUUGACUGCUCUGACCGAGCCAGCAUUUGCAAAAAGAGCGCAUCCGGGGACGUGCAAGUGCUGGGGCUGGUGCAUACACAGAAGCUGGACGUUGUAGAUGACAAAAUCAUUGUGACAUAUUCAAAAGGUGACGAGUGUGGUGAAAACCAGACUGUGUCCACCGUAAUAGAACUGAGCUGUGCGAAGACAGUGGGCAGGCCGGCCUUCAAGAGGUUUGACGCGGACCGCUGCACUUACCACUUCAGCUGGGACUCGCGGGCCGCCUGCGCCGUGAAGCCACAGGAGGUGCAGAUGGUCAAUGGGACCGUCACCAACCCGGUCAACGGCAGGAGCGUCAGCCUUGGAGACAUUUAUUUUAAGCCAUUCAGCGCCUCUGGGGACAUGAGAACUAAUGGGGACAAGUACCUGUAUGAAAUCCAGCUUUCGUCCAUCACAAGCUCCCAAAAUCCGGCUUGCUAUGGAGCCAACAUAUGCCAGGUUAAACCGAAUGACCCACACUUCAGUAGGAAAGUUGGAACUUCAGAGAAAACCAAAUACUACAUCCAAGAUGGCGAUCUGGAUGUGGUGUUUGCCUCGUCCUCUACGUGUGGGAAAGACAAGACAAAAACGGUCUCUUCCACCAUCUUCUUCCACUGUGACCCAACGGUGAAGGAGGGGAUCCCCGAGUUCAGCCACGAGACUGCCGACUGCCAGUACCUCUUCUCCUGGUACACCUCUGCCGUGUGUCCUCUGGAGGCGGGCUUUGACGGCGAGGACGCUGGGGAGGACACGCAGGAGCGCAAGGGGCUCUCGGAGAGGAGCCAGGCCGUCGGCGCGGUCCUCAGCCUGCUGCUGGUGGCGCUCACUGGCUGUCUGCUGACCCUGCUUCUCUACAAAAAGGAGAGACGGGAAACGGUGAUGAAUACACUAACCAACUGCUGCAGACGGAGUGCGAACGUGUCCUACAAAUACUCCAAGGUCAGCAAGGAGGAGGAGGUGGAGGAGAAUGAGACCGAGUGGCUGAUGGAAGAGAUCCAGGCGCCCGGCCCCCGGCCUGGGAGGGAUGGGCAGGAGAACGGCCACAUCGCCACCAAGGCCGUGAAAGCCGAGGCCCUCGCCUCCCUGCACGGGGAUGACCAGGACAGCGAGGACGAGGUCCUGACCAUCCCAGAGAGUGGAGAAAUGUGGACACAGACACAGACACACACAGAGGCAAGAGGAUGUGAAGACACGGGGGGAAGACGGCCAAGUGCAAGCCAAGGAGAGAGCCCUGAGCAGACCCUCCCUCAGCCUCAGGAGGAGCCCACCCUGCCCACACCUUGAUCUUGGACUUCGGCCAAAGAGCGGUGAGGCAGUCAACCUGUUGUCUCGGCCUCCCAGUCCAUGGUGCUUUGUUAUGGCAGCUCUGGGAAGUGAAUCCAGACACUAAAGGCCCAGCCCCCGGCCUCCUCGAGGGGCCAUGGAGAGCGACCCACAGCUGUGCUGGGCUGAGGAGCUCUGGGGUGCUGGUGCUAGUCCGGGCCACUAUACUGUGCCCAUCACUGUCUUUUUCUGUGAUUUAUAAAAAAACAUGGUGCAUAAAA